GUCCUUUAUAAAAUAGCAAAAUCAAAAACUCUAACAUCUAACGAAUGGAAACCAACUGUCACUUUCCUGACUUGGUACAGGCAUCUCCUUCUGUACACAGUUAACUAACCUAUAUGAAAUAUAUUUCAGUCGAAUUUGUUAUUAUCUAAAGACAUAUGUAAACUGAUAACGAUUAUCUAUUGAGUUAAAUAGUUGCAUCACUAACAAACACAUGAAAAGAUGGAGAUCUUCCACAACAGUAGCGUGGUCCGAAAUAAAACAUUGUUCAUAAUAGGAAUAAGCGUCCUUUGUGUUGUAGUAGCAUUGUCAGUAGCAGUAGGUGUUUUGGCUAAUAAAUCAACGGAAGUAGUGUACAAAGAGACAGAAAGAACAGAGACGUCACCUACUGGACGACAAAGGACAACCCAGCUGACAUCGUGUCAGAAGUGUACCAAAAACACAAAAGCACAAAAUCCGAAUUUAGAAUAUGCCAAAUGUAUUUUGGAUCAUUAUCCACUUGUAGAUGGCCAUAAUGAUCUGUCGUACGAGUUUUACGCGAAUGUUGAUAACAAGGUGUACUCGGUUGAUUUUAGUCAAGAUCUGAGGAAACAAUAUAAUGCAAACCAAACAACUUAUACACAUACUGACAUACCUCGUCUCCGAGAAGGGAAAUUAUCGGCACAGUUCUGGUCAAUAUUCGUCUCUUGUACAACACAACAUCAUAAUGCAGUACAAAGAACAUUGGAACAAAUCGAUGUCAUUAAGAAACUAAACAAUAAAUAUCCGAGUUUCCUUAAAUUUGUCACUUCUGCUGAUGGAAUACAGAGAGCUUUCGAUGAAGGAAAGUUUGCCAGUUUGAUGGGACUGGAGGGCGGUCAUGCUAUCAAUAGCAGUCUUGCAACACUACGGAUGUUCUAUGACUUGGGUAUACGAUAUAUGACGCUAACUCAUAACUGUAAUCCACCUUGGGCAGACAGUCAUAUAGUAGAUAGAAAUGCUUCUAUACCAAAGCACAAUGGAUUGACCAAAUUUGGAAAGACUGUGGUGAAGGAAAUGAACAGGUUAGGAAUGUUAGUUGAUUUGUCUCAUGUUUCUAAGAAAACAAUGAAGGAUGCCAUUUCCGUGUCACGUGCUCCGGUCAUCUUCAGUCACAGCUCCGCUUACAGUCUUUGUAAUGCAACUAGAAAUGUGCAGGACGAUGUCCUUUCUCUAGUGAAAGAAAAUGAUGGAAUAGUCAUGGUUAACUUUUAUCCUUAUUUUGUAAGCUGUAAAGAAGUUGCCACUAUAUCCCAAGUUGUGGAUCAUAUUCAACACAUAAAGAAGAACAUUGGUGUCGAUCAUGUUGGGAUUGGUAGUGACUUUGACGGUAUAGAAAUAGUACCUAAAGGUUUAGAAGACGUAUCAAAGUACCCGUAUCUGUUUGCGGAAUUGGUAAAAAGAAACUGGACUGAGGAAGAAUUGGGCAAACUAUCCGGCUUAAACCUCAUAAGAGUUUUAAAAAGGACGGAAGAGGUGAGAGAUGCACUAAAGUUCGAACAGCCACAUGAAGAUCUCUUACAAGAAACUGACAACUAGCGUCAAUUAUCAGUAAUUGACACUUUAUCAAUUAAUAAACUUAUAUAUUGUGGAUUCUCAUUUACCAAACCAUUUGGAUCAAAAUGCAUCAAUUGAAAUAUCUGCAUUUACAAGAACACAUGUAACAUAAAUACCUUAUGGAUUGGUGUCAUUUAUUUAACAAGUAAGGAGCGAGUAUAUAUGUUUUUUUAAGAUAAAAAGAGAAAAUAUUCCUCUUACAAGUAUAAAGUGAAGAAAAAGUUUCUAGAUUGUCAAAAAUGAAAGGGAUACUAAUGAAAGAAAAAAAUUAUAUACAGUAACAGAAUUGACAUGUCAUAUACUUUAUAUAUAUUAACUGCAUAUGAUAACAUUAGCUUAAACAUGUAUAUAAUAAUAAAAGGUCUAUAUAGAAGACCAGAAACGA